GCUGUUGCUGUGUUGGUUGGGCAAGUGCUGCCGCAGGCACUGCUGCUGCUGCAGAAGCACCACAGCACAGAGUCACAGCGGUGUCAACGGGAUCACCUCCCUCGAAGGUCACUGCAGGGCGAGCAUAACAGGCGAAUCGCCAAAGUUCGGCGGCCAAUAUGGGUAUCCUGGAGCGCAUCAAGGAGAUUGAGCAAGAGAUGGACAAGACCCAGAGGAACAAGGCGACCGAGGGGCACCUGGGAAUGCUCAAGGCCCGUCUCGCCAAGCUCCGGUCAGAGCUUCUCACGCCCUCUUCUGGUGGGGGCGGCGGCCAGGGUUUCGAUGUGGCGAGAAGCGGGGACGGGCGCGUCGCGAUGAUCGGGUUCCCCAGCGUCGGAAAGUCGUCGCUCCUGAGCGAGCUGACGGAGACAGAAUCUGUGGCGGCGGGGUACGAGUUCACGACGCUUACAUGCAUCCCCGGAAACAUCUACUACAACGACACACGGAUCCAGCUGCUGGAUUUGCCGGGUAUCAUCGAGGGCGCCGCUUACGGGAAGGGCAGGGGUCGAGAGGUUAUCGCAGUGGCAAGGUCCUCGGACUUGAUCUUGAUAGUGCUGGACGGUGCCAAGGAGGGCGUCAACCAGCACCGGAAGAUCUUAGAGAGGGAGCUGGAGACGGUGGGUCUAAGGCUCAACAAGACCCCGCCGAACGUGUACUACAGGCUUAAGAAGGACGGGGGGGUGAAGUUCAACAGCACGAUCGCGUUGACAAAGCUGGGAGAUGACCCGGGAGCCACGGUGAAGCGAGUGCUGUCGGAGUACAAGAUCCACAACUGUGAGGUCUUGGUGAGGGAGGACGUGACCGUGGACGACAUCGUUGACGUUGUGCAGGGUAACCGAAAGUACGUCAAGUGCUUGUACGUGUACAACAAGGUGGACAUGAUCUCGAUCGAGGACAUGGACAAGCUAGCGCGAGAGCCGAACUCGAUCGUCGUCUCGGUGCACAUGAAGCUAAACCUCGAGGCGUUGUUGGCCAAGAUGUGGGUCUACAUGGGGCUGAUCCGAGUCUUCACCAAGCGAAAAGGGCACCCUCCGGAUUUCACGGAUCCCGUGAUUCUUAGCUCGGAAAGGAGCGGCACGAACGUGAAAGCGGCGGCACAGCACAUCUCGAGGGAGAUGAUCGACGUUUUCAACUACGCGCUGGUGUGGGGACGCAGCACGAAGCACGACCCAAUGAGGUGCGGCCUGGCACACCAGCUUCAGGACGAAGACGUGCUUCAGAUCGUGCCCAAGACUAUCACCCAGCAGAAACGGUCCAAGGGGUACGUCAAGAUAGCGCAGAACGCGAAAGACGCGCUGGCCACUAGGCGAAAGAAGAAGCCGCUCAAGACGUGAUUUCAUUCAUUCGUUCAUUCAUUCGUGCCGAUCGAAACGACCGGCAUGAAGUUUCGUUGCUGUGGACUUCCGAUCAUCCAUCCACGACAAACCCACUCGGUCCACGGAAAAAAAAUGUGUACAAUGCACACGUGUAUCGAUGAACCUUUUGGUCAAGAUUGGGCGAACUGCUGUCCCUUUGAUACAUAUUUUUUCUGGAUACGACACGUGGGUGCGUUUAACCAGUUGCCCCGAAAUGGCCUCGGUUUCGCGGAACCUCAGUGCGCGUAGCCUAGUGUGUUGUUUUUCUUACGGAGGAGAAAGAAGAGACCGUAACGCGGCCAUGUCCUUCUUCAUGCCUCCCGAUGAAUCAGCCCCGACCAAAAACUGGGCCUCCCGCAAGAAUUCAAGUAGCAGCGGCGCCCUUGCGAUGGCCACGCCCGGUGCAGGCGGCGGCCUGUGUCCUUUGCGGGUGGCGUGGCCGGUCCGUAGCUUGUGCUUGUUCUUGGAGCGUCUCGCGAGCGCUUCGUCGGCGACCUCGACCACCAUCGGAACGACGGUCAGCAUCGCGGCUCGAGGAUCGCCCUGACGUCGGGGAUGAUUUUUUUGUUGUCGCGAGAAAGGAUUGAUUACACCAGCGUGUGGGAAGAAGGAGCGUACGUGUCGGGAUGAGGUGGGCGACGAUUCCUGGCUGUCGAAGAAAAGAGGGUACGUUGGCUCGCCGACAGCCGCAAGAUUUCACUAGUUCGCAUGGCGUGGACGCUUUCAGUUAUGGACAUCGAGUGACGUGGGUGGGACCUUUUGGUGUCGAGUUUUGAAGGAUUCUCACGUGGCUGUUUCUCUUUCUUCUAGACGACGUCAAGCCGCGCACGCCGCGAUGUCAUUUUGAGGAAAGGAACAGGCCGGGUGUGUAACGUUGGAGCUCGGCUCUCGAGCAUCGAUAGAAUACAGAGACUGGACGUGUUAGCGGGGCCCUGUACGAUGAAUUCAUCCUUUCAAUUUUUGGAGCUUCGCUUGUAUCUCCCGCAUCAAUCAAUGCCCUGGGCCUUGAUUUUGAUUGUAUGUUCCCCAUUUUCAAGACGGAGGCUGGCUGUGUCGUUUGACAAUAUCCUCCACGAGUGAUGACUGUUGAGAACCACGAUGACCGAGUUCGUGGCUUUGCAGCUAGACGGACUAAAGAAUUUGUUGAGAUCCACG